GCACAACUUGUCUCCUAAUUUAAAAAUAUAAAUAAAUUUUAAAAAGGUGUUCAUGUUCAACCUUGAAAGAUGUUUUGUUUGAAUUGAUUUUACGUUUAAAUAUUUUCCGAAGCGUAAUAUAAAAUUUGUAUAUUUUAAACAUAUUUGCAAAUUGUCAAAAGCGGUCAAAAAAACGUGUGUAAAACUUCAUGAAUGGUGGAAAACGUGUAAACGUCAAAGAUGAAAGAGAAGCACAAAAAGAUGAUGAACAAGAAUAAUAUGAUUUGACAACAAGUUUUUCAAAACCGUUAAAAGAACUGUUUUUAAGUUUGUUUUUGGUUCUUCAGGAAACGAUCGAUCUCUGAGAAGCAUUUUGGGAUUUGUAAUUAGGGUUUUUGAGAUUUUCUUUUUCGAUUUGCGAUUCGUACAGACGCUUCAAUGGAUGCUUCUCGUUCUCAGAUUCAGUCAUUCGGUCAUACAGAGAUUAAUUGGGACAAGCUUGAAAAAACUAAGUUUUUUGUCGUAGGAGCUGGGAUAUUUACUGGGGUUACAGUAGCUCUGUAUCCUGUUUCUCUCAUAAAGACCAGGUUACAGGUUGCUUCCAAGGAUGCUGGUGAGAGGGGUGCAUUUUCUAUUAUCAGAGGCAUAUUGAGAACUGAUGGAAUUCCUGGAUUAUACAGAGGUUUUGGCACAGUCGUCACUGGUGCCAUUCCUACUAGGAUUAUAUUCCUUACUGCUUUAGAGACCACAAAAGCAGCUACUUUCAGGUUGGUUGAGCCAUUCAAAUUGUCCAAACCGACACAGGCAGCCAUAGCAAAUGGAGUUGCCGGCAUGGCAGCAGCAGUUUGUUCUCAGGCCGUAUUUGUUCCGAUUGAUGUGGUUAGCCAAAAAUUGAUGGUGCAAGGAUACUCAGGCCAUGCGACCUAUAAUGGGGGACUAGAUGUUCCUCGCAAGGUUUUGAAGGUGGAUGGCAUUCGGGGACUAUACAGGGGGUUUGGUCUAUCAGUCAUGACUUAUUCCCCAUCUAGUGCUGUAUGGUGGGCAAGUUAUGGUUCAAGCCUCCAACGCUUGAUCUGGGGGUUCUUAGGUCAUGGUACUACUGAGCAUGAGGAAUCUGCUCCUAGCCUGUGGACGAUAGUGUCUGUUCAAGCUGCUGGAGGGAUAUUUGCUGGUGCCACGGCAUCCUGCAUCACAACGCCAUUGGACACUAUUAAGACUCGCUUACAGGUCAUGGGACAUGAAAAGAAACUUACCGUAAGAGAAGUUGUUGAAGGAUUGGUUGCAGAUGAUGGCUGGAAAGGUUUAUACAGAGGACUCGGUCCAAGGUUUUUCACUAUGUCAGCAUGGGGAACCUCGAUGAUACUUUCCUAUGAAUAUUUGAAACGCUUGUGUGUGAAAGAUCAAUAGAUUUACCCUUGAACAACAGAGAAUUGGUUUGCAGUUAACUGGGAUUUCACAUGUUAAAGAAGAUAGUUUUGCUCGGUAUUUACAGGAAUGCUUACGCGGGCGUCCACAUAGAUAAACAGUGUCAACAAGUUGUAACCCUUGUUAAAUUGACUGGGUAGUGACCUUCAUACCUAUUAAAACUGGAUUACUUCCUGAUUUCCUGGAAGGCCUUGUGAGAUCAAUCUAUAAUUCUUUUUAGCUCAUUUCUUAUUGCAUUCUUGGGCUAUAAUUGAACUGAUUUGUAUCUGUAAUUUGUGUAUUCUUAAAUCAUAGAAUUUCAUUUUAUAUU